GACCUUGCGCCACCCCCACCUCCACCUACCAAAACCCUCCCUCCCUUAGGAAUCUUUCACUUUCACAGCCAUGAACCCCGCUUCCAUCAAGCUCGACGCAAACCCCAUCACGCCGUCGCUCCGCUCCCUCAACCCCACCGCCCGGACCUACAACCCCACCACUUUCCGCCGCUCCUUUCUUCAUCCCCACCGGAGAAAUGCUUCAGUUUCUUGUUCAGCCUUACCCACUUUAAACGUCGAAGAGAAAACGGGUCAGGUACCCGGUCGAAUCGGAUCUCUGGGUCAAGUAUCCGGCGUCUUGGGCUGUCAGUGGGGUGAUGAGGGUAAAGGCAAGCUUGUCGACAUUUUGGCUAAACAUUUUGACGUCGUUGCUCGUUGUCAGGGUGGAGCUAAUGCCGGACACACUAUUUAUAACUCUGAAGGAAAGAAGUUUGCCCUCCAUCUUGUUCCUUCAGGGAUUCUUAACGAAGACACCAUGUGUGUUAUUGGGAAUGGAGUUGUGGUACAUCUUCCUGGACUUUUUAAAGAAAUUGACGGUCUUGAAUCUAAUGGGGUUCCCUGUAAAGGAAGGAUUUUAGUUUCCGAUCGGGCUCACUUGUUAUUCGAUUAUCAUCAAGAGAUAGACGGGCUAAGAGAAGCUGAGUUGGCUAAGUCGUUUAUUGGCACUACCAAGAGGGGAAUAGGUCCUUGUUACUCUAGUAAGGUUAUCCGAAAUGGUAUAAGAGUAUGUGACUUGAGGCAUAUGGAUACCUUCCCUGAUAAACUUGAUCUACUAUUAUCUGAUGCUGCUUCAAGAUUCAAGGGUUUUAAGUACACUCGUGAUGUACUUAAGCAAGAAGUAGAAACAUACAAAAGAUUUGCAGAGAGGUUGGAGCCGUUCAUUUGUGAUACAGUGCAUUACUUGAAUGAAAGUGUAUCACAAAAGAAGAAGAUUCUAGUGGAAGGUGGUCAGGCAACUAUGCUUGAUAUUGAUUUCGGUACUUACCCAUUUGUUACAUCUUCGAGCCCAUCAGCUGGUGGAAUCUGCACUGGUCUUGGCAUUGCUCCAAGAGUCCUUGGUGACAUGAUUGGAGUGGUGAAGGCCUAUACUACUAGAGUUGGAUCUGGACCAUUCCCUACAGAACUAUUUGGUAAUGCUGGGGAUCUUCUGCGGGCUGCUGGGCACGAGUUUGGUACAACCACAGGUCGCCCUCGUCGUUGUGGUUGGCUUGACGUGGUUGCUCUCAAAUAUGUUUGUCUGAUUAAUGGUUUUUCUGCUUUGAAUCUUACUAAACUUGAUGUGUUGUCGGAUCUUCCGGAGAUUCAACUAGGCGUAUCUUACAAAAGUGCUGAUGGGACUCCCAUGAAUUCAUUCCCUGCUGAUUUAAGUGAUCUUGAGCAGUCAAAGGUCGAAUAUGAAACUUUGCCUGGGUGGCAGACUGAUAUUUCAUCUGUAAGAAACUACUUAGAUCUCCCAAAGGCUGCACAACAGUAUGUGGAAAGAAUAGAAGAACUUGUUGGUGUACCAAUACAUUACAUUGGUGUUGGACCUGGACGUGAUGCUCUUAUAUACAAAUGAAAUUGAAGCUAAAAUGAUCUCUUCAAUCUCAUUAUCUGGAUUAAUAAUCUCACCGCUGUCUAAUGUUUCUAACCUUUGAUUAGGAAAACAAAAGGUGUUUAUCGGACAUGCAUUGUUGAUGCUUGGAUUUUGUGUUAAUUUAGGUGUGUUGUGUAGCAUUAUGAGAUGCGGUGAGGAAAUUUAGUUUAGGUGUUAUGAGUUUGCGUAAUCUGACAUGUUUGUGUUCCAUACUACAUUAGGGUUUAUGGUUGAUUGCAUUUUUGAAAUCACAGAACAGGUUUCUUUUCA